GGGCAUGUCACAGCUCCUGCUCAACGGCAUCCGCAGGAUCCACUCUCACAGGCUGCACGUUCCGCACUUGAAACCCGGCAUCCCAGUUCCACCUCACGGCUUGAAGGAGAGGCAGAUAAAAUAGAUGGCCCAUCGUCCCUCGAUGCAGCCUCCCCCUCUGAGAGCGGCAUGAAAGCACCGAGAUCAGGGUUAAGCGGGAACGAGGAGGGUGUCGGGUUCGUCGAACAGGUUGGUUCUGCGAGUGGAACAGAAGCGUCUCGUUCGAUGCGGGCCGGAAGGCAAGGAGAAGGAGAAGUAAAAGAAGAAGCGAGACCACCUGGCAUUCUUGCCUCACUCAAGCAGAUGCUUGGGAUCGGAACGUCUGUGGAGGACGUGAAACAGAACAGGGGAGGUGGAGAGGGUGUUACGGGAACCGGUACUCGGAUGGGUAUGACCACUGGAACCAAAUUGGAUACGACGGGGACUAGAUUCGGGAAGGGGAUGGCAGCAAAACCACGAGAGGGAGGCAGUACAGAAGAGGGGACCAAUCCGAGGACGCCCGGGUCACGCAGAUUUUACUAUAAUUGCGCAACGCUAGGAAGCGUCGACAUGGCCAGCUCGUCAUCAACUGCACCAGAAAAAGUGUCCUCCCAAUCCCAGUACUCUGAUUCAUUUCGCAAACCAGAAGAGAGAACGCAUGGGGGCCAGAACGAGCAUGUCGAACCUAAACGACCAACUUGGGAUCGCGAUAGUGGAAGUGGGAAUGCGGUGGAGGAGCCGUUUUUGCCUUCUCACCUGGAUACCAACGGGAAAGGCGAAGGAAGAACUUAGAAGACGUGGUGCCGGUAGUGAACAGGCUCGAGCACGGGUCAGAAAAUGUUAGUUAUCCCUGAACGGAACGGCAUCCACAGGGGAUGAGCCGGGGGAAUCGAGAUGGAGACGGGUAACAGGGCGAC